AUGUGGCUGCAUGAAAAAUUUUAUGAUGCUGAAAAGCUCCUGAAAUAUAAUCCAAAUUGGGUACUUUACACGAUUUCUGAUCGAUAUGCCUAUUUUACACUCUUACCAAAACCAAUUGCAGAAUAUAAUGUGAGAAAUGCACCUUUUCUUUUCUUGAAACAGUUUACUGAUGCUCUCAAAUUAGCUCGAAUGCCAAUAAAAGAUUUUUGUACUUUUGCAUGCCAUUCACUAGGACCUAUGAAAGGAAAACAAACUUCAAGAUCAGAUCAAAUGGCUACCGAUCUUGAAUGUCAGACGUCGAUAACAACUCCUGAAAUCGAUGAACGUCUUUAUUCACGACAACUACAAAUAUUUUGUGAUUUUGGUCAAAACUUCAAAGUACUCGAUACAAAUGGUGAAGAUUCAAUAACAGAAGAAAUAGUCGAUUCAAUCAGUCACGAUGAAAUUGGUAUUGUAUCAAUAGCGACAUAUACAAAACAUGGUUUCGAAGAUGGAUCAUACGUUACUGUUCAUGAUGUGAAAGGAAUAACUGAAAUUAAUGAUCGUGAAUUCAAAAUCACUGUACUAGGUAGGGAAAGAUUAUGUUUAGAUCCAUAUACAUUUACUAUCGGUGACACAAGAAAUGUUGGUGUUUAUAAAGGUAGUGGAACAGUCACUGAAGUCAAAAAAGCAGAAACUGUGCAUUUCAUGUCAAUGUCUGCUAAGCUUCAUUUAUCAUUUCAAGGUUUAUCACUUUUUCAAAACCAAUAUAAUGCAUUGCCUCAACCAUGGAAUGAUGAUGAUGCAGAUAAAUUCUAUGAAAUAGUUGAGAAAUUAAAUAGAGAAAAUGGUGAACAGGUAUUAACAGAUCAACUAAAUAAACAUUGGAUAAGACUAUUUGCUAAAACAUGUACUGGUGAUUUAUGUCCAAUUCAAUCUGUUAUUGGUGGUAUUGCUGCUCAAGAAGCAAUCAAAGCAGUGACAGGAAAGUUCUCAGAAAGUCAAUAUGUUGAUCGUCAUUGUGUCUAUUGUCGACAACCAUUGGUAGAUAGUGGUAUAUUUAGUACAAAAGCAAGUAUUCAAGUUGUUGUACCAUUUCUUACUGAAUCAUAUUCAUCUACCAACGAUCCAUCCGAUUCAACAGUAGACCUGAGUACUGCAAUAAAUUUUCCAAUUUCUAUUAACCAUAUUAUUCAAUGGGUACUCUAUACUUUUUCUGGUCUAUUUACAAUUCCUGGUCAACAAAGUGAAGAAUUUAUGCGGGAUCCCAAAGAUUUCGCUGAACGAACAGCUAAAAAGCCCUCUGAAGAUGAAAAAAAUGAAAUUGUUGAAAAUUCUCGAAAUCUCUUCGAACAACAAUUUCAUAAUGCAAUUGCUCAGUUACUUCAUAAUUUCCCACGUGAUCAUGUGACAUAUAGAGGUGAACUUUUUUGGAGUGGAUAUAGACGAUGUCCACAUAUAUUGAAAUUUGAUGUUAACAAUAAACUUCAUUUGGAUUUCAUUAUUGCUGCAUCCAAUUUAUUUGCACAUAUGUAUAAUAUCCCACAAAUAUGUGAUCGUCAAUUUAUUGCACAAGAAGUAACAAAAGUACAAGUGCCUGAAUUUAAACCAAAAGAUAUUUCCACAGCAGAUAACGAUAGUAACCAAUGGAGAUUUGAUGAUCAGCAACGAAUGAAUGUUCAAAAGGAAAACAAUUCAUCCGUUGAACAACUUCUUAAUCGAUUGCCUAAACUUGAUGAAAUAGUUGACAUUAACAUUCAACCAUAUGAAUUAAAAACAGACGAUGAUACGAAUUUUCAUAUGGAUUAUAUAGGAGCAACAACUCUUUUACGAGCUGAAAACUAUCAGAUACAAAUAGUUGAUCGAAGUCAAAUUAAAAGAAUUGCUGAAAAUAUAAUUCCAGCUAUUGUAACAACAACAGCAAUGGUUACAGGUCUUGUUUGUCUUGAAGUUUAUAAAUUAAUUCAAGGUCAUAAGAAGAUUGAAUCAUAUCGAAAUGCAUGCCUUAAUUUGGCUUUACCAUUGUUUGCAUUUUUUGAACCGGUACCACCAAAAUGUCAAAAGGUAUAG